CUCUCCUCUCUGCCUUAUGCAUGUCCUCAAUCUCUCUCCCUCUCCCUCCUCUCUUACAUCCUCUCUUCCCCUCCCCUCAGCCUCAAUCACCCAGACACAGAUGCAUGCAUGCUCACGCAGAAUUGCGCGCAGCAGGCGGAUGCGCGCAUACACACACUCUCUCACACACAGACAUCCACGUCCACACACACACUCUCUCUCUCUCUCUCUCUCUCUCACACACACACACAUACACACUCUCACACACAUACUCACACACCCUUCCUGGAGGUGCUGGGAGCAGCUGCAGCAUUAGCGUUGAAAGAGAUUUGCCGUUGACUGGAGUUUGCAUCCCCCCCUCCCCGUGUUAAUGAAUGGAUGCUACGGCGAUCGGCUCGGGAGUCUCUUCCUCUGGAUUGCGGGAAACGGUGGAUAUUUAUUCUUGAAUUUAUUUAUUUAUUUCUAUGCUCUCCAUUUUUUUCUCCCCACCCUCUCCUGGUGUGCUGUUGUCGAAAGGACGAUGGGGUCUUGUGCUUGAUCGGAUAAAGAUGGAGGUGAACGUGGCAUCUCCGCUGCUUGGCAUACUAUUGAGGUUUCACUGCCCGUUAGGGUGAAUGGAGCUUUUAUUUCUUUUUUUUUUAAGUGGGCUCUUUUGUUUUCUGGGGAAUCGGCGAGCACUCCUGUGGUGAAUUGAGCUAUUGUCGAGGACUGGGCCUCUUAAAGCUUUGAAUCUCUGACCGUCCAUCCAUCCCCUCCUUUACUUCCAUCCCCUGUUACCUUUUUGCGCACAGGAACAAGAGGAUCCCAAACGGAUCACUGAGAUCUCUCCUCACCGUACUCCUUGCUUCCAAUGCCCCAUUUCCCUCAUCUCUACCCCUACCCCCCCGCCUCCUCUCUCCUACUCCCUCCUCCCACAUCAGAGCGGCUACGUAAUGUGCCUCCCUACGCAUGCAAAUGGGGAUGCUACAAAUGGUGGCUGGGACUGAUGCCGAUGAAAGGGUGAUGCCUCGCGCAAUCACCUGCACCUGCGCCGCCGCUGCCAUCGCUCCAGAUCAGCCGAUGACAACCACCCACAGUGUGAACAGAGUCAUUUGUAGCUUGCUUGCGGAUGUAAAUGAGACGUGUGUAUGUGUGUGAAGGUGCACACUGGUUCCUGCCAUGUCUGGUGUGUGAUCGCUCUAGCGGGACGUUCUUACUGAUGCGGGGGAGGCACUGAGCCCGAGGUUGGUCAGCCUCCCCCUGCACACCCUCCCCCCCCUUCCUUCCCCUCCUCCCCAUUCCACAGCCCCCCCUCCUACCCCACGCCCCCUUCUUCCACAAGCCCCCCGGGGGGUGAAGGCCACCUGGUUAAAAAUAAUAAUAUUAAUAAUAAAGGGGUGACGAUGAAGAAGAACCGCAGCAGCAAUCUGCGGCGGGCCUGGCCCAGCUCGGAGCUCACGGAACGUCCACUGGAGCACAAUCUCUCCCGUAGUGAGAAAGACAUCCGUGUGCAGCAGAAACAGCAUCUUCCUCCCCCUCCUCCUCCUCAUUUCUCUCCGUCCCCGCCAAGUUAUCGUGCGCCAGGUGACGUGUCUCCGAUCAGUAUGUCACCUAUCAGCCAGUCACAGUUCAUCCCGCUGGGGGAAAUCUUGUGCUUGGCUAUCUCUGCUAUGAACUCUGCCCACAAGCCGGUCAACCAGGAGGCUCUGGUGGAGCACCUCACUGCCAGCUUUCCAGGCGUGCCUACUCCCAGCUCAGAGGUUCUGCGACAUACAUUGAACAUGCUGGUGCGGGAGAGGAAGAUCUACCCAACUCCAGAGGGCUACUUCAUUGUCACUCCCCAGACCUACUUUAUCACACCCUCCCUCAUCAGAACCAGCAACAAGUGGUAUCACCUGGAUGAUCGGCUGUCAGAGCGUCAACCACAACAACAGCAGCAGCAGCAGCAGCAGCAACAACAACAGCAGCAACAACAGCAGCAGCAGCAACAACAGCAGCAGCAGCAACAACCUCAGCAAUGCACUUUGCCUCAGUCCAGCAACAUCACGCCAUCUACCCCUGGCUGCUUGAGAGAGAGGCCUGCACGCAAGAAUAACAAUGAAUCAUACAAUUCCUUUCGUGAAGAUACGUCCAGACUUCAUGCCUCAGCGCUCCAGAGUAAGUCACCAAAGGAGCACAGGGGUGACUCCUAUCAAAGUAAGCCUUCCAGGGAUCACAAUGGUGGAGAACCACCAAGCACGUCAGCCAAGGAGCACAGAGGUGAUCCGCCAUCAUACCCUUAUCCCCCACUUGCCACUUCUCCUCCCGUCCAGCAACCGCCUCAAGAAUCAGCCGAUAAGAGCAAAAGCAUCACUUCUUUCCCUUAUAAAACAGACACUCUGACCAAAAAGAAAGAGGGAAGUGGUAGCGGCAGCGGAACUGGAGAGAAGCAAUCCAAAAGGUUUGGACUCAGGCUCUUUCGGCUGAGUUUCAAGAAGGACAAAAUGAGGCAGUUGACGACUUUUUCAGCCCAAUUUCCCCCAGAGGAGUGGCCUCUUCGUGACGAGGAUGUGCCAACCACCCCUAUUCCUCGCGACGUAGAGAUGGAGAUAAUCCGCCGAAUCAAUCCGGAGCUAACAGUGGAAAAUGUUGCACGGCACACAGCAGUGAUGAAGAGGCUGGAGGAAGAGCGUACACAGAAGAACAAGGCAGGGUCUUCAGCUCAGCACAGCGCACGCAGCAGGAGAGGAAGGGGCCACAGGAGGGCGCCACAUGGUAAAUCCCGCUCACACAGCAAACCUAGAACCUCCAGGGGAGACCCGUCUGAGGGUUCAAACUGGGACCUCGUAUUCAUGGAAAGGGAUUACCGCUUUUUUAGCCACUCGUUAGUUCGCUCACCUCGGGAGGCCAUGUACACACUGGAACGUAGGCGAAGUGGAGGCACGACAUACCUGGUCCACAGUAAUCCCAACAUUACUGAAUCAUACUGCCCUGUUACCCCUGAGUGGGAUGUUUCUGGGGAGCUUGCAAAGAGACGGACAGAGAUGCCAUUUCCAGAGCCUUCCCGUGGGACUUGCCAGUCCAGAGUGCAAAGAAGUCACAGUCACAAUCAGGACAGAAAGUCGCGUCAUGAGAGAUCGGAUCAAGCAAAAGAACGUUCUCGGUCCAUGGACAACUCUCUUAAAGGCCCGUCAAUGGGGGCACCAGAAGACUUUGAACCCCCGCUGGAGGAGCGUAGUCAUUACUACACUGAUGAUGGAACCCUGCGGGCCACACAGAAGUCCUCCCACUACUCAAGGAUCAUGUUCUCUGCUGCUAAGUUCCACUCUGAUUUUAAUGUGCCUGAUUUGGGGAAGGGGAGUUUAGAUGAGUCAAGGAUCCGGAGUACAAUGGAGAGGAACAAAAGCAGAGACAGUUUGCCGACUUACAAUGAGCUAAUGGGACUUUCUCCGAAGCCCUCAACAGAUGAGUACUUCCAGUGCAAUACGUCAAAUGAAACAAUCCUAACUGCCCCUUCGCCUCAGGCAAAAUCAGAAUAUGACACAUUAACCUCAUCAGGGGGACUCCGAAAGGGCUCUCCGGCUGACCGCCAAACGCCUCACCUCACCUCUCCUCACACGAUGGAGUACAAAGAGGAUUUGUCGGCAGCAAAGGGACAGAGUGGCUCAGUCCGACUGACUCCAAGCCAGACGCCAGAGCCGGUGCAAAAUGCGCGUUUGACGCCACAUCAACACAAUGUAGAUCCUGGAGGGGGAGGUGGAGGUGGUCUGGUGAUCAAAAGAAAAGAGAUCUUCAGCAAGGACACUUUGUUCAAACCUCCACACAAUGCCUUGUCCACAGGCUAUGUGGACAGCAGCUACACCAAGUCUGGCACAUUGCGGAAAGCCUCACAUGCCAAAUCAACCGAGGCCCUUGACAAUCCUGAGCCCCAGCAGCCUUCCAAUUCAGCCACUUCUUCAGCGUCACCUGCAGUUUUACAAGGCUGCUUAGAGCCAACAGUCCCCUCAGCUUCCUUUGACUAUUAUAAUGUAUCAGACGACGAGGAAGAAGAAGAGGCAGAGGAGGAUUUGCACAAAGAGUUGGCAACAGCAGAGGACAACAAAGACCAUGGGGAAGGGGGUGGGAAUGGUGGAGGUAGUGGCGGUGGUGGGGAAGGGACCAUGCAGUGGCUCUUGGAGCGAGAGAAGGACCAUGAUCUGCAGAGAAAACUGGAGACCAAUCUCACGUUACUCAGCCCCAAGGAGACAGAGAACAGCAGCAGCCAGAAGUCGGCCCACUCUGCCCGGUUGGACAGCAUGGACAGCAGCAGUGUCACAGUGGACAGUGGAUUCAACUCCCCCAGGACACGUGAAAGCCUUGCAUCCAACACAUCCAGCAUUGUGGAGAGCAAUAGACGGCAGAAUCCAGCGUUGAGCCCAGGCCACAUUGGCACCAGUAGUAUCGGACUGCCAUUCAGCUUUCGUGCCAUCCCAGAGCCCCCCACCACACAGCCUGAGAAACUCCAGAAGUCAUCAAACUGCCUAGCUUCCAUCACCAGCGUCUGACAGGCAGCACAGACUGGGACUGUACAGGUGGUGGAGGAGACGGGAAGUGAGGUUUUUCACCAUUUGGUCUUCACUUUCGUUAACCAAUACACACACAUACACCCAAACACACAUCAUCAGACUCCUGAGAAUCAGUUAAUUGGGACUGUUACAAAAACUGGCAUGGCUUCAACAGACUGUUACCACAGCUUCAAGAACUCUACUGCAAAAAAAAAAAAAAAAACAGAUGAAAAAUGACAGACAGAUAGAACAUCACAACCGCUGGAGGUGAAGAAACCUACCUGAAGUACCUGGAUUUUGGUGACAUGGACUCUAGUUUGGCUUAUAUCAAGAUUCUUGAUUACUGGUAUUGGAAAGUAGUAGACUAUAGGAUUCAAGUUACAUUUGGAAAUAUCAAAAACUUUUUAUAUUACUUAACGAUACAUGUCCAAUUAAAUGUUCUCCUUCCUGAAGUAGCGUCAGUUCUUCAGGACGAUUCAAUGUAUCAGCACAAUGUCGAGACAAUAAAAGUUGAUCCUGAGAACAAUGAAUGAAAGAUAUAAAAACAUAAAUCAGCUCAGAUUUGUGUAACGCAAUGCAAAUGAUGUAUGUAUACUCGAUACUUUUGAUAUCCUAAUUAUUAUAAUGGUGGUAUUAAAGAUGCUAUGUGACCAAAAUGA